AUGUCGUUCUCGACCGGCUCGGUAGGUGGUUCUGCCAGAAGACAAGGCGAGCCUUUCCUGCAAAUUGAAGACUGGCGGCCCCAAGGAGUCCAGAAAUGUAUCGCAUUCUCCGGUAGAAGUUUUGUCGGGCUCAUGGAAGGAGGACUCACCGUGCUGAAGUAUCCCCAUUUCAAGAGCCGAGAUGCAAUGCAAGACCUGCAAGAAGAAGCAGAUCGCUACCACCGGCUCGGACCGCACGAAAAUCUCGUCGCUCUUGAGUCUAUCAACGAAGAUGGGUUGCUCUUCGAAUUUUGCGAAAGAGGACAGCUACGCGACGUCAUUCCGACCCUAUCCGAGCAUCAAAAGAACACAAUUGCACAGCAGAUCACUCUCGGCUUGAUACACCUCCACGAGCGAAGAUUCAUUCAUUGUGAUCUUACCGUUAACAACAUCUUCAUCACUGCCGAAACGCACGCAAGAAUCGGAGAUAUCCAGGGGCAACUUUAUCGAUUCGACGGGUCUAUUGAAUUACCUACCAUGUCGCAAGAGAAUGCAAAGUCGCGUCAUCCGUUUGCGGGUGAAGAUGAGUUCUCGUCACCUUUCCCAGAUCUGGACGAACAUACGGACGGAGAUGUCAUUCAGGAGAAAUAUCGGGCUGGAGACUAUCCCAUCAUUUUCACUGAAGCCAUCGGCAUGGACAAAAUCAUCAAUAAAUGUUGGAACUCGAAGUACGACAGUGCCAAUCAGAUUUUGGACGACAUGGUCGAGCUCUACGCGGCUGAACCAAAGCUUUCGUGA